AUGUUGGCGAUACUAGUUGCAGUAACAGUAGUACUUCUCUGUGGGUUUUUAUGGAAUAAAACACGCAGCAGAUUGACACACAUUCCAGGUCCUAGUGGAAUACCCAUAGCAGGAAAUGCCUUGGAAAUAACAAGCACUUUCAAAUUGAUGCAAAAACUGCAUGAAUGGAUGGAGAAAUAUGGCGACAUCUUCAAAAUUAAUAUUUUUGGAGUAGAGGUUGUAGUUGUGAGUGGAACACUGACUGGGGAGAUGUUGGUUACAAAAGGGAUUGAUUUUGCUGGCCGGCCUAGAAUACCUGCAUUUGAAAGCCUUGAGGGAAAUGAAGUUCACCUGGGACUAAGGGGUUAUGACCCUACGUUGCGUUUUAUUCGUAAGCUUGUACAUAAAGGACUCCGUCAGUAUGGAGAAGGGAUGGAUAAAAUUGAAGCUAUCACCGUGAAAGAAAUUGGUAAAUGUUUAGACAAGAUUGAGAAAAUAGGUGAAGCAGAUUUUGACCCGUUUACAUACAUUCACCAUGCUAUUAGCCAAGUGAUGAAUACCAUGGUAACAGGAGAGGCAGUGCCUGAAGGACACCCCAUGCUAAACAAAGCUAUUGACUGGGACAGACUCGAUGGAGAGAUAAGUCAAGACCCAUCUCUUUUUCUGCCUGCAAUGAGUAGCUUAUCACUUUUAUUAGGAAUAGGAAAGUUAAACGAUUACGCUGACGUCAUGGAAUAUUUCAUUGAACACUGGAGAAGUUACGAGGCGACCUAUGAUAAAGAGAACAUGAGAGGACUCUAUGAUGUCAUAUACAAGGCAUAUCUUGAAUCUGAGACAGAUGAAGAGGGAGUCAAGAUCUCAUACAACAAUGUGAAGUACCUCAUGUUUGAGCUAUACGGUGCAGGCAUCACCACUACACACAAAUCAAUCUAUGCAUUUGUUCACAUGAUGGUGACACACCCCGAGCUACAGAAGAGAAUCCAAGCUCAAAUUGAUGAUGUUAUUGGUUCCGAGCGAAACCCAACUACAGCAGACAAACAUAAGAUUCCUCUAUUAGAGGCAACGAUACAUGAAACGUUGAGGUAUAUAUCUCAUGUUCCGUUCGCGCUUCCGCAUGAAACGAGAAAAGAUACAAGUCUAGGAGGAUUUGCCCUACCGAACAAGACACAGGUUUGGCCAUUAACAUCUGGCAACCACCACAAUCCGAAGUACUUCAAAGACCCCUUGAGCUUCAACCCUGACAGGUUCCUAGAGAAUGAUGGCUCUCUAUCACCUGCUAGCUCAAGGAGAAUGUUAACACCAUUUGGAGCAGGGCCGCGUAACUGCAUUGGGGAGGUAUUUGCCAGGACGAGGCUGUUUUUAUUCACUGCGAGCCUGUUACAACGAUUCACACUCCUUCAACCAACUGAAGGAAAGCUUAAUGUUCUUGAUCCAAAAAGUGAGGAUUAUCUCAAGAAGAUUCCUAGUGUUUGUCCGAACUUCAAAAUCAGAGCAAUCCCAAGAUAAAACCAUGCAUUAUUUUAUCGCACAAAGUAUGUGAUAUACCAGAGAACCGUAUUCAUCUAUGAUAAUAUCCAAAAUUAAGGGACGCAUUCGUUCAAUGUUUAUAUUUAAACAUUUGACUAAGUCUCUACCAUGUCAGAAAAUGGGUAUUAAAAAUAUGCGAAGUCUGUCUGAUUAUAAAAUGAGAAAAGACUAGUCUCGGUUUGGAGAGCGAAGUUCAUCAAUUAACUGCACGUUACGCCUGCUUUGGACAAUUUUGAUA